AUGGAAUUUCUUGGGACCGAAUUCUUGUCGGUAGCUUUAAGUCGACAACAACCUUCGCCAUGCGCAGGCAAUCACCGCUAGUCAGGUCGGCGCGGGGCAUUGGCCUGGGGAUGAGGACAGUGAGGCCGUCCUAUGUCUGCUGGCAAUGUAGAUCGAUCCAGAUCAGCGCAUCCCCCGCUACCGAGUUGCCGAGAGUUGGCGGCGAUGCCUUUGGAGCUCUCAUCGAGGAUUCUAGGGACUCGGCCGACGCCCGGUUCGAAGUCCUCGGCUCCCCAUACUCCCUGCUCACCGUUACUCUGUCAGCAUCCCAGAAGCUCUACACUCGACGAGGGACUCUUGUGUCGGUCGCGGGCAAGGUUGAAAAUGCGCAAUCUACUCUCUCGAUCCUGUCUCCCCUGCGCCGAGCCUUCCUUGGCAUGCCCUUCCUCUACCAGCGCGUCAGCUCUACAACACCGAUCACCGCCCUAAUUGCAACCAAAUCCCCGACUACCACUUUCUCCGUCCUACACCUUGACGGCACGACCGACUGGAUGGUGGCUCAGCGGAAUGCGCUACUCGCCUGGACAGGCCACACACUAUCCCUCUCGCCGCGCGUCCAACGGGGCCUCUCGAUGGCGCAUUGGGGCAGCACCCACCUGACAGGCCGCGGGCUGGCUGCACUGUCCGCUCCCGGGCAGACCUACCAAGUCACGCUUGGCGAGGGGGAGGAGUUGGUCCUGCACCCGUCACACGUGGUGGCAUACUCGAUAAACCGGAACCCGCCACAGCCAUUCCGGCUGAAGAGCAACACUCUCCGGUUGCAGGUGCCGUCCGUGCCGGCCUCGGUGCGCUCUGCAGCGGAGCGGCUCGUACCGGAAGGCCUGUCGCGGUUCUGGAGAGCGAUGCGUGAUACCGACACAUACAAGUUCCUCGCGCGCCUGCUCUUCGGGCUGCGUACGACGGCGCGAAGGUCUGUCUGGGGCGAUAGGCUGUUCCUGCAGUUCAAGGGCCCGACGACGAUAGUCAUGUCGAGCAGGGGGGUCAGGGUUCGUGACGUCUUGACAAGGAACGAUGUCAACGAGAUCGCAGACACAGAGGCCGGCGUCGUCCCUGCCGCUGUCGAACUCGCGACCACUCCGAAGAAAUUGCUGGAGCCGCAGAAGAGCGAUCAACCAGUGGCCAUCCAUGUGGCCGCUGUCGGCAAGGAUGGGAAGGUCAGGUUUGAGGAUACGAAGGACUUGAAGGAAUUUGUCCGAUAGGCGGCUCUCAAAUUAUCCCUGGCCCAGCCUAACGCCUAAUCGGGCCUCUCCUUUGUAAUCGUAAAAUAGUGUACAUAAUAGGAAUUCAGGGGUUCGGGAAUCGGCGGCUCAACUGGGGGUGAUGGAUGUCAUCUGUAUUUCGGCUGGGAACCUUCGAUUAGCAGAUCUAUCCUCCACUUCAUCUGCAUAGGAGUCUCCUUUUCCCGUGAGGGAUAUCCGACAAAACGAAGACAUGACAAACCAGCCUUGAUCUCCGCGGUCUCAAGCUACCCAAUCAACGAUGACAGAUGGGAAACCAGAUUGCGGACCCGACUUGACUCUCAAUGCUUUUGUGAUAGUGCUACCUGAUCCCCUAUGAGCAUCAGUGUCGAAUGCCCGCGGCGUGGGCUUUUCUAGGUCAAUUAUUGUGUAGAGGUAAGACAGUUUAAAUUGCAAGGCUGACACACACAUGACCACAACGCCUCCUACCUGCUGGUGAGCCG